GAGCUAAAUGCUAAGAGAGUGAAGCUAGCACAACCAAUCCUAUUAAAGUUACUUACACACAUACACCACACAACUCAGAACACAUUUGGCUAUAUUAUUUUUUUUUAAAAGAGGGGGCUGGUAAAAAAAAUCCUAUUUUGUUCUUUAACUUAACAACUUUCGAACUGUUAUGUAGUUUAAGAAUAUUUCUAAAAAAGUGUCCAUUAUAAAUAAAGACAAUGCAUUUAUAAUCUACUGAAAUUCAAGUUUUUUUCACAUCAUUACUUAAAAGCAUUGAUUAAAACAAUAUUGAUUAAUAUUUAAGAGCAUUUAGUUAAAGUUCUCAGCAUGUAAAGCUUAAUCUACGAUAUAUUAUUUGAGCCAUAUGGAUGUUGUAUUGCACCUGUUUUACAAAGUAGGCACAACUCAACUCUCUCCCUCUCUCUGCACUGCGUCUGGUUGUGCCACCUCUUCGGCUGAUGUCAGCAUUUCUAUGGCAGGUGGUUCAGCGUCGUAUUGUGACACAGUAUGGGAAGCUGGAGCAAUUUGUGGUGCUGGUAACGGAGACUGUGCCAGACAUCAUGAGUCGAAGUCUGGUUAAUAAACUGAUCUUUCACCUGCGGAAAAAGGUGAUAUUGGAGCUUUGUCUAAAAGAUAAAAUGCCAGAUCUAUGGAUCAUUCAAGCACAUCUGGAUUCUCUUCGAAAUCUCACACUUAAAUGUAAGGAUGUGGAAAGUGAGAUCAUUAAUAACAAAUUUAUCAGAAUGGUGCACAACCUUUUAGAAGACCCAGAAAAGAAAGAGAAUUUCAUACAGCAUGUCUUUCCUGUAGAAUACGGAUCUGGAUAUGAUGCAGUAUUACAGAGCCUUGCAUGGGAGUUCCUGUCUCGAGUAGAAGAUCUGCUGCCGGUGCCCAACCUCAAAGAAACAGCAUCACGGCUUUGCGGUGGUCUCUCGAUGAUGGAGGAGAUUGUGCAGCCUCUCUCAGAUCCAGUUGAGAUUAAGGAUGUUCUCCAGCAUUUCAAAACGAAAAGACAUCAUGCAAGAAGCAAUGAGCAAUCUCAAAGAGUUAUCAGCGAAGUGUCCAUUCCUUCUACAGCUGAAGUAGUUUGUUUGCCUCAUCCAAUUGCACAAGAAACCGUCUCGCCUACCAUUACCGUUGAAAAUGAGGAAACUUUGCCCCCCACCUCCAUUGCACAAGAGACAAUUAUCAUAGAAUCAGAAAGCACAGAGAACCAAUCAGAAUCUGAUCACGCGGCCAUCGCCAUAAUGAGCCCUUCUCAGAGUUACACAGAAGAGGAUGAGCCUUUAGUGGAUAGCGAGGAGUUCACGGUAAGAGCUGCCACUGAAGAAGCAGAGGAGGGCUUACAAGAAGAAGAAGUACUUUGUGAGGAGAAAGACCAAGGUGUCUGUGAAGUCCAGCAGAUCUACCUGACGGCGGACGGCUCCACUGUGGUGGUUUCAGAGUUUGAGAACGAGGGAGAGGAGGCGACUCAAUUGCAGUUUCUAGAGCAAUCAGAGAUGGUUGAAGCGUCUGGUGUGAGGCAAGUCAGUUUAGAGCAAUGGAUCUCAGAAUUAACUGGAAAAGGCAUCUCUUUACCAGUUUUGCCUCCAACUCCUGUUGAGAUUGUGAGGGAGGAGACCAUCUAUGUUCCUGUCAUAGAAAGACCACCGUCCGUGAAGUCUAUCAUACACAGAAAGAGCAGUCCACCUCGAGCUGCAAUUUCCAAGAAGGCAGCGGCCACUCCUUCUGAGUCCCAGACAAUGCAGGACGAGAAAAGACACAGCUGUCCCGAGUGUCACAAAGAGUUUCGGUUCGAAUGUCUGCUGAGGAAUCACAUGCGCACUCACACGGGUGAGCGGCCAUUCCAGUGUUCAGACUGUGGCAAAAGCUUCAGGUGCCUCAGCUUCUUGACGAAUCACAUCAAAACGCACUCGCUUGCCAGACCUUUCAAAUGCAUACAGUGUGUCAAGACGUUUCGCAAAAAAGCCGACCUCAUCAAGCACAUUCGUGUGCACACAGGUGAAAAACCAUACAAGUGCACCAUCUGUGGCAAAAGCUUCUCUCAAGGCUCAUACUUGAAGAUUCACCGCGAAUGCCACACCUCAGAGAACCUGCACCAGUGUCCUCACUGUGACAAGAGUUUCCCGACAGCAUUUAAGCUGUCCAUUCAUGUCCGCUACCAUUCCAUGGAUCGCUCAUAUCAGUGUAACCAAUGUGGGAAGAGCUUCAUCUAUGCCAGCCUCCUUCGAAGACACAAAGGUUAUCAUGCAGGUGAGCGCCAGUAUCUGUGCUCCAUCUGCGGUAAGUCCUUCGUCUACAUGUUCGACUUGAAAAAGCACCAGCGCAACCACGAGAGACCGCGGAUCAAGAUCCCAUGCACGCUUUGUAACAAGACGUUUGCGGGACCCGAGAUGCUGAGGUGCCAUCUGCGCAUACACACCGGAGAGCGUCCAUUCCGCUGCAAAAUCUGUGGAAAAGCAUUCUCUCAGAUUGGGAACAUGAAGAGACACGAGCGCGUACACACAGGCGAGAGGCCAUUCACCUGUGAAAGAUGCGGGAAGACGUACAAGCACUCUUCUCAUUUGAAGAACCACAUGCUCAGCCACACGGGCGAGCGGCCGUGGCAGUGCUCUCAUUGUGGGAAGAGCUUCAAAUUUGCUGGGCCUCUUAAGAAACAUGAGAGAACUCACUUGGGUGAACGAGGAAAUCGUAGAAGGAAUUACGACCAAACACGUAGCCGCAUGAAAACAGAACACAAAAGUCCUUAAUUAAAUGUAGGGAUAUUGCAGCUUAACAAUGAUCAGAUGACACAUGAUUAUCUAGUUAUUACUUUAAAAGGUAAUAUAAUUGUGUUUCCCAAACAAUGCUUUAUGCAGUUCAUUAUUGAAACUGCACACAGAAAUACUUUAUAAAUUUACACUUUUGUAGUAUUUAAAAGGAAUAGUUGACUAGAAAUAGAAGGUUUGCUGACAGUUUACCCUCAGGCCAUCCAUGGUGUAGAACUCCAAGUUUAAAAAAUGUAUUUAAAUUGAAUUUAUUCUUUAAAAGAUUAAAAUGUAACACACAUCUUUUUGCAACACAAGGCAUUACUUGAUGGACUGGAGUGGCAUGGUAUGGAUUACUUGUGGAUUAUUGUUAUGCUUUUAUCAGCUGUUUGGACUUCUAUUUUGACAGCUCCUAUUCACUGCAGAGGACCCAUUGCAGACUGAUGUAAUGCUACAUUUCUUCAAACUAUUUCCAAUAAAAAAAAACACUAUAU